AUUGAAACAAUAUUGUAUAACUUAAUUAUAGAUUGAAUCUGAAAAAAAGUGGAUAAGAAGUAGUAUAUCUCUUAAUUUUAGCUCCACUUCUUUAGGGGCUUAUCACAGUCCUAUUUGUUCUGGAUAAUACUUUGUGACUUAGUCUUUUUUUUCAAGUGUUUUUAGCUCUCAAACUCCCUUGACCAAUGAGUUUCCUCAAUUUUAGCUCUUUACCUUAUCUCCCACAAUUCUUGAAAUAGAUAAAAGGGGAUACAAAACCAACAUAUAGUUACUUACUCAUUCAAAAUACCCUUUGAUGGAUUAUUUGAAAGAAAUACAAGGCAAAACAUGUCAUGAUCAUCCUUAUUUCAACAAAAUGAAUACAAAUACAAAUACAAAGAGGUGUGUAUUCGUCAACGGACCAGUAAUCGUUGGUGCAGGACCAUCAGGAUUAGCAGCUGCAGCAUGUUUAACAGCAAAAGGUGUUCAAAGUUUAGUAGUAGAGAGAUGUAAUUGUAUAGCAUCUUUAUGGCAACUCAAGACGUAUAAUCGUCUUAGCCUUCAUUUGCCUAAACAAUUCUGUGAACUUCCACUCAUGUCAUUCCCUCAUGAUUUCCCUACUUAUCCUACCAAACAACAGUUCAUUAAAUAUUUGGAGUUAUAUGCCAUGACUUUUAACAUCCGUCCUCUAUUCAAUCAAACGGUCAUAUCUGCUAAUUAUGACCGGAAUCUCGGACUCUGGAGAAUCAGGACGGAUACAAUGACUACGACUAUGACUACGAGUAGUACUGAGUAUGUUACGCGGUGGUUGAUUGUCGCAACUGGGGAGAAUGCCGAGGCUGUGCUACCUCAUAUUGAAGGAAUGGAAGAAUUUGGUGGUACUAUAAUGCAUACAAGUUUGUAUAAAAGUGGUGAAGUUUUUACAAGGAAAAAAGUGUUGGUUGUUGGAUGUGGAAAUUCAGGAAUGGAGGUGUGUUUGGAUCUGUGUAAUCAUGAUGCAACCCCUUCACUUGUCGUUAGAGAUACUGUCCAUGUCUUACCAAGAGAAAUGCUGGGAAAAUCAACUUUUGGGCUAUCCAUGUGGUUACUAAAGUGGUUACCUAUUCGACUUGUCGAUCGAUUUUUGUUGAUUACUUCAAGGUUAUUGCUCGGUGACACGUCUCGACUCGGGUUAGAUCGACCUGAAAUUGGACCCCUCGAGCUAAAAAACUUGUCCGGAAAGACCCCUGUGCUUGACGUUGGAACGCUUGCUAAAAUUAAAAGUGGUGACAUUAAGGUAUGUCCUGGAAUUAAGAGAUUAUUAAAGCAUCACACGGUGGAAUUUGUAAAUGGGCAAACAGAAGAAUAUGAUGCAAUAAUCUUGGCAACUGGUUACAAAAGCAAUGUGCCCUCGUGGCUAAAGGAAAAAGAGAUGUUUUCAGAGAAAGAUGGUCUACCAAAAAGGCCAUUUCCCAAUGGGUGGAAAGGAGAGUGUGGACUUUAUGCAGUGGGGUUCACCAAACGUGGCUUGCUUGGUGCUUCAAUAGAUGCAAAGAAAAUUGCUGAACAUAUUCAUCAAUAUUUCCAAUGAAAAAUAUUUUUGAUUAACCAAAUCUCCCCACACACACCAAAAAAAAUUUAAAAGUGUUGGUACCAAAAAGAAGGGUUUUUGAUCCUACAAAUGAAGAAACAAAAAGAAAAAGAAGAUCAAGAUUUUUGUGGGGAUUUAUCAUCAUCAAAAUCUAGCUAGUGUAUACACACCUUGUACAUUUUUUUUGUUGUUUCCAAUUUUCUCUUAUUUUUAUUAUUAUUAUUAGGUAUUAUGACAUUGUUAGGGGAGAAAAAAAAAGAAGGAGAUUUAGGCUUUUUUUGUUUUUGUUUUAAUGAGUUUGGUUAUAUGAGUAUUAAUUACU